ACCCUCCAACCCUACAACAAAACCACCGCCAAAAUGACCAUCCCUCUCUCAACAAUCUCCACCUUCCGCACUACCUUCAACCCUUUCCUUCGCUCCGCCCGCCCCUGCAGACUCAUCCUCUCUCUCCUCCGCAAUCCCACGACCACGCCGGCCUCCAGCCCCGGCCAUAUCGACAUCAAGGUCACUCAGCUGCCGCGGUCGUCGACGCAAGAGCCCGAGUUGACGAUAGGGUUCAAGAAUGGCAAGGAGUUGAAGAUUGAGGUUGGAAAGCGCCAGAUGAAGAUUGGGGAUGUGGUUGAGGAGAUUGCUCGUGUUGGGAGAGCUAUUGAGCGUGAGGAGGCGCUGAAGUCUUAGAGUUUCUUUAUGUUUUUGAUGUUUGUUCUAUGGGGUUUGCAUGGAUUGAGUGGUGUGCUUGCAUCGGCAUGAAAUGAGGUUUGUCGUCGUGGCGCGGAGACUUCACUUGUCCUGUCUACUCGGGAUUAGGUGAAAGGUUGCGCGGUAUGACUUGGGGGUCUUCAGGACCGAACCGGUGAUCAUGUCGGUCUGUCUGUACUUUGUACUAUCAUGUUCUGUAUGUGUAUGUGUAUAUAUUAGCCAUUGAGUGAUACUCCAUUUCUUUAGUGCUGGGCCCA